AGAAACGAGUGGAAGGUGGAAGUAAGAUUAGCCUCUGUGGCUGGGCACCGAGUCAUUUAUCUAGCAUACAAACGCUGUUGUGAUUCCUGAUAUCUAUCACGCGUACAUGUACUCGCCAGAAGACAAAGCUCCGACCUUAUAUUCUGGCAGUAAGGUGACUGCUGAGGUUUAUAUCUACUUUUCUCCGGGCAUGAGAAGUAACGCUAGCUAGCGGUAGCAGUCCCUCCUCAUCGUGUUACUAGCCACUCAGCUACUUUGACAGCAGCUGUCUUUCCAUUGAUUCUGCCGACUUUCCUACAAACAUGCCCAUUCAACUGACAAGUCAGGCUUACUGUAAAAUGCUUUUACACGCUGCCAAGUACCCGCACAGCGCCGUGAAUGGAUUGCUGGUGGCGGAAAAAACGAAGGAGAAAAAGAAAGACAGCCACAGUGAUCCUGUCUUGUGCGUGGACUGCGUGCCUCUGUUUCACGGCACUCUUGCUCUGGCACCAAUGCUAGAAGUAGCUCUAACGUUGAUUGACACUUGGUGUAAAGAGAACAACUACAUCAUUGCCGGAUAUUAUCAAGCUAAUGAACGCACGAAGGAUUCAAGACCAAACCAAGUUGCAGAAAAAGUGGCUGCCAGGAUUUCUGAGAACUUCAGCGACACAGCAAUUGUUAUGGUGGACAGCAGUCGAUUAACACUGAGCUGUUUUGAGCCCAUUGUACUUAUCUAUGAUCAUCAUGAAAACAAAUGGAAAAACAGAGAAGUGACUUCUGACUCUUUUGAGGACUGGAACGAAGCACAGAAGAUCACUUCUGCUCUGCUCGAGAGCAGGUCCUACGAGAACUUGAUCGACUUUGAUAAUCACUUGGAUGAUCUAAGAAACGACUGGACGAAUCCUGUCAUUAACAAGUCCGUCCUGGAUCUGUGCUAAGGCCUUCUGUCAGGAGUCUGCCGGAUGCACACACACACAAAUAUUGCUGCCAUUUCAGCAUGCAUGAUGCUACUAAUUGCGUAGCAACAGAAGUCCAAAAAUGCUGAACUCAUAGUCUGUGUUCCAUCAAAAGGCUCCCGCACAGACGGGAGCUUGCGGAGCGCCGACCAGUUAGGCCAAAAUCUCUCAAGGGCAAGCACCAUACGUGCACUGUUGGCCUGUGUCCACCUUUACACGGUGUUGCUGAGGUGAUGAAGGCAAAUAUGUUUUUGAAUGCAACUUAAAUGUUUUUUUUUCCUGCAAUGGUUUGUGUUUAUUCAUAGUUAUGUGCAAAAAAAAAAGAAAAAAAUUAAGUUCGUAAGUAUUUGAUUUCUACAUUUACUCUUAAAUUUUGCAGCCGGUAGCCAUACAGAGAUCAAGUUCUAAAUUAUUACAAACUUUAGGUGAUGAUUGUACUGCUAAGAUGUGAUAUAUGUUCUUAUUAAAUUUCUAGUUUGUUUUAAAUCCCCAAAACAAAAUUCACACAUAUAAGUGUACUCUGAAUAUGUUUGUUGGCAGUUUCAUUUAUAUAAAAAAAAAACUAUUGAUGAUAAAGAGCCAGAGAUACGGGAACCUCAAAGCUUUGUCCUGUUCGACUGCAACCAACUCAAGUCUUUCUGUGAAUGCACCAGCAGGGACAAAAGGGACGCUCGACUCAAGAGGUGCGACUUUUAAGUGGCUCGUGCUUAGACAGUUGUUUCUAUGAUGCAUGUCUCCUCUUAUUGUGUGCUUAAGAAUGUUAUUCUGGAUGAUGAUGAUAUUACAUGUGUGCGUUUUUGAUUUACGGUUUGCAAGAUUUGUUCGAAACACUCAAGCCGAUCACAGGAAUGUGUGAAUUUUGUUUUGUGUUGGACAUCCGUUUUAAGAAAUAGAUAAUAGUAUGUAUUUAUACUUUAUUGACCACUCUGAAUCUAACUAUUUAUAAAGGAAUAGUUUAAAAAAAACAACUAAUAUUUAUUGUGAGGCUAAAGAAUCAGCUUUGUAUUUGAAAUUAGAGUUAAUUGGUUAGAGCUAAAAACAAUUGUGUGGAUAUCACAUUUUUUUACAGGAAUUUACUGAACUGAAUGUACAAUGAAACUGAUUUUUGAAAGGAUCUAACUUCUUGCCAGACUCGUUUUAUGUCAUUUGUGGACUUAUUUUGCUAUGUGUCUUAUACCACGGCCUUGACAGUUAAAGGAAAAGGGUUGGAAACAGUCACUGGGGUUGUUGCAGCUUAAUGAUUUAGCUUUGUCUGGUUGGAAAACUGCCUGUCAAAGGUUGUGUUUAUGGAACAUGUAUGUCAAGGUCACGUGGGAUCGUUAACAGAACGGAGAACAAUAUGGAAGACAUUUUCUAUGUCAGUUUGCCAGACGAAAUUUAUAAUAAACAUUUUUAUGUAACUAACAUUGUGAAGUAAAAAUACAGAAAACC